AUGGUUACACAAGGAAAAAUGGAGAUCAACGCUGUGGAGAAUGUCGAAGCUAAAAACACAAGGGGACUGGGAUGUUUCGGUUGGCUGUUGGUCCUCAUAUCCCUCCUCUUUGUAACAGCGACCUUCCCGCUCACAAUAUUUAUGUGUGUUAAGAUAGUGAAGGAGUAUGAGCGAGCCGUCAUUUUUAGACUCGGCCGGAUCACCGGCAGGAAACCUAAAGGGCCAGGACUUUUCUUUGUUCUGCCUUGCACGGAUACCCUUGUGAAGGUCGAUCUGAGAACUGUGUCCUUUGACAUCCCUCCGCAAGAGAUCCUAACCAGAGACUCCGUGACAGUGUCUGUGGAUGGCGUGGUGUACUUCCGCAUACACUGCCCCAUCUCAUCUGUGGCCAAUGUGUCCAACGCACACUCGUCUACACGGCUGCUUGCUCAAACCACCCUUAGGAAUGUACUUGGUACCAAAAACCUUGCAGAACUGCUGUCUGACAGAGAGGGCAUAUCGCACAGUAUGCAGGAAUCUCUGGAUGUGGCCACUAAUCCGUGGGGUAUUAAGGUGGAGCGUGUGGAGAUCAAGGAUGUGAAGUUGCCUCAGCAGCUGCAGAGAGCCAUGGCAGCAGAGGCAGAAGCCAGCCGGGAGGCCAGAGCCAAGAUCAUUUCUGCAGAGGGAGAGAUGAAUGCCUCCAGGGCUCUGAAAGAAGCCUCUCUGAUUAUUUCGGAGUCCCCCUCUGCUCUCCAGCUGCGAUACCUGCAGACCCUCCACACCAUCGCAGCAGAGAAGAACUCCACCAUCAUCUUCCCCAUGCCCAUGGAUAUAUUGCAGAAUUUUAUGAAGUAA